GUGUUUGUUUGAAGUCAAAAAUCGAAAAGGCCCGAAAACAUGAAAAUCAUACAGAAUUUCGUUUUCCUUUUAAAUACAUUUUUACUCAUAUCAGGAAAUUUACAAGACAGUUAUUCAAAAUUAAGAUUCGGUUACAGAUUGGACAGAAAGAUGAUUGAUUCCUAUACUGAGUAUAGUAUACUAGACUGUGUAGAAGAAUGUUUAAGAACCACGCGCUGUAAAUCUGUUAGUUAUUACAAAGGAGCCAACUACUGUGAAAUCAGUUAUGAAAAUGAAACUACUGCCCACGACAAAUACAAAGAAGACAAGGGGUGGACCUACAGCGAGAGAGAGGACUGGGACCCGAAAAUAACAGGAUCUUGUUCGGAGGCAACAUGCAAAAUAUACCAAAAAUGUAUCCCCAAAUCCCUUGGAAGUUAUGAAUGUGUACUAUCAGACUGUGAAAUCCCCCCGGAUGUAGAUGGCGCUGACAUGAAUAGUGUGGAGAGAUGGGAUGCAAUAGGAAUCUAUAGACAGCUGAAUAUAAAGUGCAGAGAUAAGUACAACCUAAAAGGACCAGGGCUUCUCAACUGUCUUUCAAAUGGACAAUGGGAGAUUCAUUUAAUUUGUGGUAUGAAAAGAAGAAUCACAAGUAAUUAA